CGCGUCUGCCUCCAGCCGAAGUCAUGGAUGAAAGCUGGAAAAACUGCUUCGAGGAGGAGCUCCUGUGUCCCAUCUGCCUGAACGUCUUCGACGAGCCCGUCCAGCUGCCGUGCAAGCACAACUUCUGCAAGGGCUGCAUCUCCGAGGCCUGGGCCAAGGACGCCGCCGCCGUCCGCUGCCCCGAAUGCAACCGCGACUACGAGCAGAAGCCCGUCCUGGAGAAGAACUUCAAGCUCGCCAACAUCGUCAAGCGCUUCAACGCGCUCAACACCGAGAAGGCCCCCGCCGUGCUGCACUGCGUCCUCUGCCGGCGGGGGCCCCCGCUGCCCGUGCGCAAGGUCUGCCUGCGCUGCAAGGAGCCCUGCUGCCAAACUCACAUCCAGACGCACCUGCAGCAGCCGUGCGCCGCCCCGGGACACCUGUUGGUGGACGCCGAGGAGCUGAGCGCCUGGACCUGUCCCAGUCACGAGGAGUACCGGCUGCUGCACUGCGAGGAGGAGCAGGUGGCCCUGUGUCCCUUCUGCUGCAUUUUCCAUUGCAAGACUCAAAAACACCCAGGGGGGGAGGUGGCCACGCAGGGCAUAAAAAUGGAGAGCCUGCUGAUGAGGCAGCAAGGCAGGCUGGACGGUCGCGUUCAGAACAUCGAUGAGCAGCUAAACAAGCUGGAGUCGGACAAGACGCUGAUGAAGGAUGCCGUGUCUGAGCUGAAGGAGCGAGGCAGAGCCCAGUAUCAGAGGAUGCACGCGCUGCUCGAAGCGAACCAGGCGGAAACCGUGCAGACGCUGGAGAGCACCUACACCACGUACGUGAGGAAGAACUCCCAGCAGGUUAUGCAGCUCUACGAGAAGCGCCAGGAAGCGGAGAAACUCCUGAGCUCCGUCCAGACGUUCUUCAAAAGAGCGGACGACAUCAACUUCAUGAAGAACACGAAACCGUAUCAGCUGCUAAUGGACAGGUCAAACACACACCUGAGUUUCGCUCUCCCUCCACUCAGAGUGGGCCAGCUCAACUCUCAUCAUUUACUGUCUGAACUUUCAACGAGAGAAAAAAACAUGCGAAAAGUGCUUGAAGAGCCCUUCAACGAGGCGCCCAUUCUGGAGAUCGUCCCGUCUCACAGCGGCUCUGCUGGCCCUCACGCGGGGGCCGGGUCAGGACUGCAGAAGAGGAAAUACGGCUUGGCUUUCCUGGACAGCAACACGACAAACUCCAACUCCCAGGAUCCUCCGCCGUUGCUCUACGGAAGCAAAAAGCCCUUCCUGGUCGAUCAGAACCACCAUGCCUCAUCCAUGUAUUCCUCCGAAGGCCUCUCCCACAAUCCCCACGGCGGGCCCGGCCACAGCCGGCUGCUGGGCACCGCGGCCCAUCACAUGGUGGGUCUCGGGUCGAGCUCCAGCCACCACUCAGGGACCAUAUUCCCCCCCUCCCAUUUCCCCGGCGGAGGCGCCUCGCAACAAGCCAUGUACGAAGGGAGGAAAGUACUGAUGUGCACUCUGAAUAACUGCUGCUGCUCCCGGGCACCAGCUGCUCGUGCCCGACCUGCGUACCCGGCGUCGGACUCCUUCCCCCCCAUGGCCUCUCAGGAGUUCCCCCCCCCACACGCCCCGCUCCCUACAAGCCAGCCGCUGCAGCAUUUCCCCAUGAGGGGAAUGAUGGAGGCCUCACAGGCGGCCAGGCACCCCGACUUCUACGGGCUGUACGGCCAGUCUUCAACCAAGCAUUAUGGGACCAAGUGAAAAAGAAAACAGAAGAAGAAGAAAAAAGAACCUGAUUCAGCAUUUGUUCCGUUUUUGUGAAAUCGGGACUAUCAUCAAUCUCCCUGUUUGCUUUUUGUUACUUUUCCAUUUUGGAGAGAUAUGACAUCAGUACGUGUCUCCCACACGCCAUCAUGAUUAUAUUAUCUCCUUGACCUCAUUUUGGGAAACCAUGCCCCGGUUACUUAAUUAGUUUAAUUUUCAAUCGCAAGUAGAAAACAACAGAGGGUAACAGUAACCGUAAUAACGUUGUAAUUUGAAACCAAGUUUGUAUUUUAUUUAUUUGCUGUUUCAAUUCGACUGGAAGUGCUUAUGUGAAUAAUGUAGUCUUAAAUCCUUUCAGACAGUGAACAAAAUAAAUAACAUAUCCUUCAUAUCCCAAGUCCUGACAUGAGACUCCAGAGACUUCAGUGCCUAAAAAGACUGUUAACAUGCUCUUAUUAUUUCCCGUUUGCGGCUGAAAGCAUGCAAGGAGCCUCUCCGUGCACUCCAAAGUCUGUGUGGCUUUAGAAAACACACUGGACUUCAAAUGCUUGUGAGGUUUUUUUAAUAUUCUUUUUUUAUACAAUAUUAUGAAUAAACCAAAAUCUGUGGAAAAGCUUAAAUAAACAAGCAUAUUACUUUA